UUUCCUCCAGAUAAAACCAAAGAGCCCAUCCUUACAACCCCUAAACCAAUCCAGCCUGGAAUUCACCAUUCCCUAAACUCCACACAUCACCCCCUGCCCAGCCUUGUCUCUGCUCAUGGCAUGUAUCUGGGCCCUGGAGGGGCGGGACCUGCAAGUCUGACAGCGGCCGCCAUGCUACAGCGCACAAAUGAGGAAGAGCGCUGGUUGGCCCGGCAACGGAAGCUAAGGCAAGAGAAAGAGGACAGGCAUUACCAGGUUUCAGAGUUCCGUCAGCAGGUCCUAGAGCAACACCUGGACCUGGGCAGACAGGGGGAAAUUGCAGACCUGCAUAUAGAGGGACAUAGACCUAAAUUAAACCAUCAUGAGCCCAACAGCAGAGAUCGUGAGAGAAACAGAGAUGCCCAUCCUCUACUGGGAGCUCCGCCCCCUCUCAUCUCCCCAAAACACCAGCACAAAGACCAUGCUCCCCCACCACCAACCACACUUUGGAACCCCGCAUCACUCAUUGAGACCUCCACAGAGCCCCAGAGUCUGGGUCACUAUGAUGUUAGUCGGGUUACCCUACCGCACUCCAAACAUGAACACCAUUACAACUCUGAAAAGCUGGAAGAAGGAUCUAGAAAAAGGGACAGUUUGGAUAUAUAUCCUACCAUCCAGCCUAGUGGGUUCUCUGAGUCCAACACUUUCCUAGUGGAGCUGGAAAAAUCCACCUAUAGCUUCCUGAAUCAGCAGAGGGCACCACUGAGUAAGUCAGGACAAUAUGAAGAGCUGAGUGCAGGCCUGAAGUCCAGCGGGUGUUUUAAGAGACUCCAGGGGCAUUCAUGUCAUGCAACAGAUGCCAUGUUAGUUUAUGAUGAGUUCCUACAGCAGAACAGACAAGCUGUCAGCAAACUUGACUUGGAGGAGAAAAGACGAAGAGAAGCCAGAGAGAAAGGUUGUUACUAUGAGCUGGACGACUCUUAUGAUGAGAGUGACGAGGAAGAGGUGCGAGCUUAUCUCAGGAGGGUCACAGAACAGCCACCACUCAAAUUAGAUGAUUCCGCAGAGAAGGUGGAGUUUCUACAGAUGUUUGACCUGACUACUUUGGCCCGUCGGGAGGAGAUGAUGGAGGUGAAGAGGAGGAAGAGGAGGCGCAUGCUGAGAGAAAGAAGUCGUUCCCCACCAGGUGUUCAGACCAAGCAGACUACUCCUGCCCCCCUAAUAACCCACUUCACCCCAGAGGACAUGAACAACAGCCCUGAGCUAGAGGAAAAGAAACGCUUCCUCACCAUCUUCAGCCUCAACCACGUCACUCAGCAACAGAGAAAAGAUAAUGAGAGGGUUGAUGAGUUGUUGAAGGCCAUAAAACAAAAGAGCGUUACUCUAGACAGCAUCAGACACAGCCCUCACCCUCUGUGCUGGAGCCCUGCAGCCCUAUGCUCGGACCUGUCAUCUCAGUCUCCAGAACUGCUGAAUGGACGCCCCCCCAGUCCCUCCCCCUCUUUAUCUGUGCCUCAACCCCAAGUGGAACCCUUCUCUCACUUGGAUCUGCACAGAUCGCUCUCAGAUCCCUUAAGACUGAAAGACUCUUCCUUGACUGCUGCAUUACCGGACAAAUGUCGAGCCAAAGACAGCAUCACAGACAAGAGCUCUGAUCUGCUGAACAGUGUGCGACAGCCCCCAUUCACUAAAGAAAGUUCUGUUAAUGUCAAUGGAAAGACCAAACCAUGGGAGAAUUUCAUUGCUGAGGAGUUUGCCCAGCAGUUCCAUGAAUCAGUACUGCAGUCCACCCAAAAAGCCAUGAAGAAGAGUAAAGGUGGUGCCUUGGUCAUGUCAGAACAAAAACACACAGUAGAUUCAUCUGUGCAUUAUAAUAUUCCUGAGCUCCAGAGCACGCCAAGCCGGUCCAAACCCCACCCACACCCUCCUUCAUUGCAGCCCAAUGGACAGCACUGCCCCCCACAGCCUUCCCGCCAGGAGUCUGAGGAAAAGGUUGAGGAUGAGGCAGAUGACACAGAGGAGGACGAGCCCACUACAUCUGGUUGGCAGGGCAUUGAAGCCAUCUUUGAAGCUUAUCAAGAGUAUGUAGAAGAGCAAAGCAUUGAGCAACAAGUUCUCCAAAGUCAGUGCAGACGACUGGAAGUGCAUCACUAUAAUCUCAGUCUAACUGCUGAACAGCUCUCACACUCAAUGGGGGAGCUGAUGUCUCAGAAGCAGAAGCUUUCGGCUGAGAGCGAGAACCUACAGGCAGAGCUGGAGCACUUUAAGAAGUGCCUGAUGCUGCCACAGAGCCUCUGGUCUAGGAGUCAUUUCAAGGGCUAUCCACCCAGCUGACACUCUAUGGCACCAUCGACCGCCCAGUCAGACAACCUUCCACAUCCCUUACAAACCCCCAAACUCAGACACAUGUUCAGGCCACUCCGAGAGCCUGGACAGUGAUGGUGAGGAACAGAAGAUCUGGCCCCAGAAUUCCACAUUCUAUGGGCUAAAUCACUCAUCAACACACGUCAAAGCCUCUGAAUGCCUCCAACUCGCAGGGACAGUCAUACUGCAUCAUAGAGAAAGAAAAAUGCCAGUCGAAAUGCAGCUUAGCCCAUCUGUCAUCUCUUUACCAUGGAGGUCAUUCCUAGAAAUGCACUUAAAGACAAAAAACCUGAAUAACUAUCUGGAGGUACUGUUAUGACAGACUACUCUUUAUGAUCUAGGGAAGGAAAAAAGAAAACAUCAAAUAAAUAAAAGAAAGUUUUAUUUCUAUAUUUAGAAUAAAGAUUUUUUAAAGAGGUGCUUCAGCAUUGUAUUGUAAAUAAUUUCAAAACAACAGAAAAAUAAUUUUGUAUGUUUUUAAUUCUUAAAAAAAAUAAAAGCCUGCCUUUUUUUUCUAAUAUAUUAAUGCUUUUGGGUGUUCGAAGGUUUACGUUUAAUGUUUGCUCUGCUGCUGGUCAGAAUAUGCCUUUCAGGACUUUGUGGAGUGAUAAUAUCACUUCCUUUUUACCUGGACUAAAGUAGGCCCCAGGAAGUAUGCCAACGUUUUUUUCCCCAAAGGCCAUACUUUACAGUAUAACAUGAGCCCUGAAUUCUAAUGACAUAGCAGGUGUUUUCAAACUGUGGGUUGCAGAAUUGAACAAGGUGGGUCACACAAAGUCACUUGGCUGCAGUUAAAUUUGCGUUUUAAUACACGCACACUCACACAGUUCAGUCGAGGGCUGCAUGAUAUAGCCUACCAACGUUAAUUAUGAAUUGCAAUACCCUUAGUGUGAUUUUCAAAUUGAAAUUAAGUUCGCUAUUAAAAACAUGCGUGGUGUGUUUUGAAGAGCUAGCGUGCACAAGUUGUAAUAACAGUGAGGAUGUCAGCACAACAUUAUUAUUAAAAGGUUCAAUCCGUCCGCAUUAUUAAAAGAGGAAAGAACUUGCUCACUGCAAUGUGCUGUAUUCUGCAAGAGAUUUUAUACACCAGACAAUUAUAAUGUUCUGAAAACAGUUUCAAGUAGGCUAUGUUCAUUAAUUUCUGUCGUCUGUUUGGACUCUGCACUGUUUUCAUCCAGGAAAUGGUCUCUAAAAAGCAUUUCACAUGUAUGGGAUGAGCAGGGGCACAAAUGCAGGGUAAAUUGUAACACAACAAGAUUUAAACAUUUCCACAUAACAAAAUUUACAAAAUUCUCUAUAUAGAGAAUUUUUUUUUGCCAAAGUUAAAAAACUUUUGAAGAUAUAUAUUGCUGAACAUUUAUUUAACAAUUGCAAAAGUAAAUUUCUGACCGAAGUAAAUUUGUCAUUUUGUUUUUUAGUGUUAUUUUAAUCUCCACACUGCUUUUCAAAAAAAAAAAAAAAAUGUGUUGGAUUGUGCUGCGCUUUCCCCUACACACUGAAGAAUCAUGAAUGCUUUUUCUGAUCUGAACCCCGCAAUGAGUUUAACAACACUCACAGCGCAGAUUACAGUUCACUGGAGUGAGCCUGUUUCAUGUUUUUUUUUAAUGAACGUUUCAUUUAACAUCUGUAAACAAAGAAAUUAAAACUUAUAAUAUAAUAUUAGUAGUGAAAUUUUACAGUUGUACUCUAAAAUAAAAUGGUUAUUUUUCUUAAAUACUUCAUUUCUGUCAUAUCAAACUUUUAAUUACCAUUAGGCUUAAAGUAAUGUCAAUUUUUUUUUUUUUUUUUUAUCUCAAAUAUUUUGGUGGGUCAUGAAAUAGAUCAUACUUGUCUAGGUGGGUCAUAGAAUGGAAAUGUUUGGGAACCCCUGGGCUAGUGGUCACUCGUAUCUCAAGGUUCCAGACUGCUAAAUUGACUUUUUUGGCUUUUUUUUCUUUUCUUUUUUUCUUUUUUUUUUAUAUAAUGAAGCAGCAUGCAGAUGCUUUAUGGAUUUCUGUUUCAAUCAAUUAAAGGGCAUUUUUUUACUAGAAUGCGAUAUUCUGAAAUCUAUAUCUCACUUGUGUACACAAAAGGGCUUAAGUGAUGCCAGUCUGCCAGGAACAGACUUGCACAAAAAUUUUAUCCAUAAAUGUUGUUGUACAAUAAGAAUUAUAAUUUGUUUGAUAUACAAAACAUUUUUGCCAUUGACAAUUACUGUGCCAAAUUUUUAGAGGUGGCAUGCCAAAAUGUUGAAAGCAACCGAGAAGUCAGUCCUGAUGAGAGUUAAUUUGUAGAACAAUUCCCCCAUACCUCACAAAAAAAACAAAAAUGUUUUGCCCAAAGACGUUCUUAUUUGCCAAGAUUUUAUUUUUAUUUAUAUAUCCAUUGCUUUUGAAUGAUGCAUUUUAACAUAACCAUAAGUCAUUGACAAAAAAAACAUAUUAAUAUGGGCUUUAAAUUAAUGGUGACUGCUUGUAAUAUCUUUAAUUUUCUACCUUUUUAUAUUAUUCUCUUAGAUGAUGUAAAAUCUAGGAAUGACACACCUGUUUGUUUUCCUGCCACUUAACCCAACCUCCAUCACAUCACAUGUAUCCCAUGUAUGCAAUACCACAUACACCAUGAAGUUAUA